UAAGCCCACCAUACCGCAUGGUGGAUACAUGUUUCCUUUAACUCGACGUCGUAUAAAAUGCUAUAAUUGUGUAUUGUUGUUAUUUUGCAAAGAACAGAACGAUCUUGCGGAACAGCCACAUCCAGUCUUGAAAAUACGAGUAUUGGUACAUCCUGGUUUUGCUGAAAUACCACUGAGACAUAAUUGAAUUAUAAUCUGCACAAUUCAAAGAAAGAGAAAAAACAUUGGAGCUUUUAAUAUUUGCUCCUUAAUAUUAACUCACUGUUAAAAAUGAAGUGGUCACCGGGGGCUCUAUUUUGUGAACAAGUUGGCGAACUCACUCGAGUUUUCUCACAAUGGAACGAAUGUGAGCAGACUGUGGUUUUAUACGCACUACUUCGUCGCAUUCCUGCAGUUCAAGCAAGAUUUCUCGCACAAGCAGUGCAGCAUUCCUUGCAUUCUGUUUCUGAAUUGGACUCACAGGAAUUAAAUGCUAAUAAUCCAUCAUUUAUCAACUCACUGCUCUCAGAAUCGACAGAAGUUGCUAUAAAUCAACUUCUAACGCACUUGCCAUUGUUAAAGCCUGGGAACAUAGAGUGCAAACAAUGCUACUUGGUGGCGAUACCAGAAUUAGUAAGCCACUGUGUAACUACAGGGCAAUACACCGAACAAACUCAACAACUCUUAAGUUAUUGUUUAAUUCAUCCAGCUAUAACUAGUCAAGAUAGACGUUCUUUGACUCAGUGGCUUCGACAUCUUGAAGAGCGUAUCAGUGGUACACCACCAAUACACAGUCUCGAGGAAUAUACUAAUACUACUAUUAGAUGGGAUAAUACAUGGCAGCGAAAUUCUAAACAGCAAAGUGAACAGACAACUUUGUUUGGCACACAACCAGGCACUGCCUUCAAUUUGCAAUUUCCACCACCUGUGACUCGUCAACGGCGAUCAAACAGCUUAACACCACCCGUUGCUCCGCCUCAUCAUUUAGAAGUUGUUGAUCGCACUAAUAACGUAAAUUGCACAACUAAACAUAAACCACGAAGCUUCAGCGUAUCUGGUGAUCAUACAAGCAAUCUUAUUGGAUUAGGCCCACUGAGUCCUCAAAGUUCUUGCGCAAGUAGCGGCAGCGAAGGGCGUUUAGACGAAACGUCUAAUCGGUCGCUUGCUAGUGGUAUGAGAGAUGUUCCGUCAUGGCUUAAAACUUUACGUCUUCACAAAUAUAGUUAUCUAUUUGUCACUCUCAGUUACGAAGAAAUGCUUCAAUUGACUGAGGAACAAUUAGCAGAACAGGGUGUGACAAAAGGAGCCAGACAUAAACUAGCCCUUUCUAUUGCAAAGUUACAGCAACGUUAUACCACACUUUUAAACUUAGAGAAAGACUUGUUACAACCAACGCGCGAUAAUACACAAUCUGCUUCAUUUUUACAAGGACCAACAGUAUUGGUCAAUACAGUUGACGAAUUGAAAACUAUUCUAGCUACUCCUAUGAAACCUAGCCAAGAGAAUGAUCCUCAAGACAUACCUGCACAAUUCACUAAGGUUCUUGGCAAAUUGUGUAGUCGAUUGGCAUUGGAUAGUGUGGACGAUGGUAUUUUAUGCGCUUGCAUUAACAUAUUGGAAAAAGUAUUGCAACACGAUUGUUUUACUCCAAAUCAAAAGGAGAAGGUGCAACAGUGGCGCAGUAGACUUGGAAAUCCACGACCAACUCCAAAGUGGCAACACAAUUACGGCUACAACAACAGAAGGUACUGUAAUCCGCAGCAGCACAAUAGAAAACCAAGUUUAAACUUAGGACACAUUCAUAAUACACAUUCGCAAAACAACUCUUUUGUGGUUAGCACUCACAGAAAUAGUAUAUCUACACCAUACUUACAAAAUAAUCAGAACCAAAGCGUAAAUCAGAAUACUUUGCGUCCAGUCCACACGACCAAAAAACGACCUAGCUUACAAGAAUCUAGUUUACAGCAAUUGCAAAGAACGUUGCAGCGUACAUACAGUGCACCGAGGGAUCAUUUUCUUAGCCCUGGUAGCAACAACGCGUCCGAGACAACGGAGCCAGAAAUCAACUCUCGCCUCGAAUCUCUUUGUUUAAGAAUGACGGAACAAGCAAUUGGUGGUUUCGGCGAGGCCUAAUAAAUUCUCCGUUUUAUUCUUUGACUGGAUCUACGCAGUAAGUCCUGUUAAGAAACAAAAAAAAAAAAACAAAAAAAAAAAACAAAAAAAAUUAUAAAACGAUAUACGUGUCCGAGCUCCGUUCUUUCAAAUUCGAAGGCAAGACUGAUGUCCGUAUAUCUUGCGAGUAUGAAGACAGCAAUGAUAGUGCUGACAAGUUGCACGAAAUGUGCACACAUUUUCACGCUUUAAUAGCCCUACCAAAUGAAAUGUCCAACAUUUGAGACAUUACACAAAACAAAACUCAGUUUUGCGAUGUCAGAGCGACGUGCGAAGGAAAUUAAAAAAAAAAAGAUAUUUUUUAUUAUAUUCGAUGCAAUUGUACUAUUUAAUUGAAACUGACAGAAUUUGGCAAGCCAAAUGCUAUUAGAAAGAUAGAUUCUUUCCUUGACUAUUGCUGCAUCUAUAUAAAUGUAUUAUAUAAAGAAUAUAUAUGUAUACACGUAUGAUAGAAUUUUAUGGGAAGCGGAUUAAAAAAAGGAAAAAAAAAGUAACAUAUAUUAAAAUGAAAAAAAAAAAGAGGGACGAAAAAGGUACACCACAUUAAUUGUGCGAUGUUUGCAAUAUUAUUAUUUUCGUGUGUUAUCCAUUUCGGGAAAUGGAAUUUGUCUGAUUUUAAGCGCCAGGACACAUUAUAUACUAAUGUAAUGUAAUUCAUUUUAACGAAUUGACUGAUUUUACUUCUUUUUAACAUUUACUGCUAGGAUAAUUAUCUCUCCAUUCUCUCUUAUCCACCGCCGCUAUUGCUCUUUACUUUAUCUUCUGUUGUUAUCACUUAUUAUUAUUAUUAUUAUUCUGAUCGAUAUCUAUUCGCCACACAGUCAUUGUCAUCAUGUUCAUCACUGUCUUUACUGCUUGUCAUAUUAUUAUUAUCAUUAUUAUUAUAGUUAGUACACUUACAUUUACUGCUGUGUAAACUCUUAUUAUCACUGCUGUUAACCACUAUUUCUCCGGGUGACUAACUAACACCAUUAUUGAUAUGCUUUCAUGCUGUUGCUAUUUUUAUUCUCCUAUCGUUACGGCUAUUUCUACUAUCAUCUAUCAGCUAUGCUAUUACUAUUAUCACUUCUCUAUUACAAGUAGCCCCUCACAACUACUCUUACUGUUAUGAGUACUGCUAAUACUACUAUUAUACUCUCUCCACUAUCGCCGUACUAUAUAUUACCAUGUAAUUCUCCUUAGAGAGAAAAGAAAGAAACAAAGAAAGGGAAACCAUAUUUAAAAGCAAGAAGAUUCGACACACAAUGCUAUACAAUGUUACAUGCGUUGAGAGGAAUGAAAAUGAUGAAGGGACGGAGCGACAUCGCUACUGUACACGUUUUGAAUUCGCCUUCGCUAUCGCUGAAGCGUUGGGGGAAAAAAAUAUCGAAAAAAAGAAAACGAAAAACCAAAUGUAGCGGUGUGUAUGCUUUGCAGUUUGCGCACAGAUCUCGCGAUUCUUUACGCUCUUGUACGACCAGGUAAAAGUAAAGAGGGAGAGAGAGAUACGUGUCUCCUCUGUGAAAGUCGUGGUUGACAAGUAGAAAAGGAAGAGUAUAAAAAAAGAGUUUAACGAGGAAGAGAAAGAGAGACGAAUCCAAGAGACAUGGAAGAAGAAAGCGAGAAGGUUAUUAAUAAAUAAAUAAACGGAUUUUCAAAGGCCUUAAAAGGGUGUAUGUCUCGCGUUCAGAAGGAUACAUAAGACUAAAUAAUUAAACAAUACACGUAUAUAGCGAAACGCAUCGAGGAACGUGAGAACUGACGAGAGGAGUUUGCAUCAUGCAUUCGUGAUGUGACAUCGAAAUCUGUGGCUUUAAAUUAUAAGCGUACAUCAUACUACUCUAUAAAUAUGCACCUAUUAGCACUUUAAACGUAAUUACGUCGCGAAUGAA